AUGAGAUCACUUUCUUAAGUUUGUAUCACUGAAAACUCAGAAAAAAUUGAAAAAUUUAUAUUCAAGCAAAAUAAACCAAUAACUUUUAAAUCAGAUUCUUUAGCAAUAACAAAGAGAUAUAGUCAAUAAGCUUUGGUUAUUGUAUCAGAUUCUCCUUCAAAAAAACAAAAAACUUGUAGUAGUGAAAUUCCAUUGAGUAAUGGGAAAAUGUACUUGAAAGAUGGAAAGAUUUUAUUUUUGAAGCAAAGACUACCAAAAUUGGAAUUACCAUAAACAAAAUGUAAAUUUGACCCAAAAACAGAAAUUCUGAAAUGGAUACAAAAAAAUAAGAUUAUUUCUCCAACAAAAAAGAGAAUUACAUUCAAGGCAAUAAAAGAAUCAAAUGGAUAAAACAGAAAAUCAUUAAUAUUCUGA